CAGUGCAGAGCCCAAUGCGGGGCUUGAACUUGCGAUCCUGAGAUCAAGACCUGAGCUGAGAUCAAGAGUUGGAGGCUUAACCGACACAGCCACCCAGGGAGCCCUAGAUUUCUCUUUACUCCUUAAUAGUCAAUCCCCAUUAGAGUUAGUAAUUUUUUUAUAGUAAGCUUUCCUUUCCAUUCUUCCCUGGUACUAUCUUAGUUUCAGAAACAAAGAAAAGCACUUUUGACUUUUGUCUCAGAGGAGGUGAGGGUGCAACAGUCUUUGCUUGUCCUGAAUCUAGGUGUAUCCUACACCAGUGGCCUCCACCAUGCCGCCUAAGCUCGACCCCAAUGCAAUCAAAGUUGUAUACCUGAGGUGCACCGAUGGCGAAGUGGGUGCCACAUCUGUCCUGGCCCCAAAGAUUGUCCCAUUGUGUCUGUCUCCAAAAAAGAUUGGUGAUGAUAUCGCCAAAGCAACUGGUGAUUGGCAGGGUCUGAGGAUUACAGUGAAACUGAUCAUUCGGAACAGACAGCUCCAGACUGAAGUGGUAUCUCUUGCUUCUGCCCUGAUUAUCAAAGUCCUCAAGGAACUUCCAAGAGACAGAAAGAAGCAGAAAAACAUUAAACACAGUGGAAAUAUCACUUUUGAUGAGAUUGUCAACAUUGCCUGGCAGAUGUGGCACCGAUUUUUAGCCAGAGGACUAUCUGGAAACAUUAAAGAGAUUCUGGGGACCACCCAGUCUGUGGGCUAUAAUGUUGAUGUCUGCCACCCUCAUGACAUCAUAGAUGACAUCAAUAGUGGUUCAGUGGAAUGCCUAGCUAGUUAAGAACUACAAAGGAGAAUAUUUCAAUACAGGAUCAUUUGACAGCAAUAAAACAAUAAAAAAAAAAGGAAAUAAAAGCAAGAAAAAAAUCCAAGAUUUCAUUAUAUUUUCAAAACUUUGAGUCUCACUCAUUUAAUUCCUAGUUCCCAAGGAGGUGGUAGUCAUAUGGACAGUAAGGGGAGUGCAUUAACAACGAAGGGACAGCCAUGGUGGAGAGAAAGGCUGAUCCACAUGAGGACUUUGAGAGUCCUGGUAUAUCAGGGCAGGCCUUAAGGAGCGUUGUUUACUUGAGUAAAUUGAUGGAGAGGAUAUUGAUACUAAGGUUGGACCCUAAAACACUAGUGUAUUCGUUUGCUAGGGCUGCCAUAACAAAGUGCCAUAGACUGGGUCUGGAGGCUAGACAUCUGAAAUCAAGGUGUAGCUACGGUGGAUUCAGUUGGUAUUAAUAAUGUGUGUCCUCCCAAAUGUAUAUGUUGAAGUCCUAACCCCUAGUACCUCAAAAUAUGACCUUAUUUGGAUAUAGAAUCUUUAUAGAGGUGACUAUAUUUGGAGACGGGGUCUUUAACAGAAGUAAUUAAGGUGAAAGGAAGUCAUAAGAGUGGGGCCCUGAUCCGAUAGGAUUAGUGUCCUUAUAAGACAAAACACCAAAGAGCUCUCUCUGUGCAUGCACAAAUAAGAGGUAAUGUGCACACACAGUGAAAAGGUUGCUGUCUAUAGGCCCAGAAGAGAGCUCUCAGUAGGAAACAAAUAAACCAACAUCUUGAUUUUGGAUUUCACAGCCUCCAGAACUGUGAGAAAUAAAUUUUUGUUGUUUAAGCCACCUAAUCUAUGGUAUUUUGUUAUGGCAGCCUAGUCAGACCAACACAACUGGUUUAAAUUAUGUCUGCCCCGUUAGAAGCCAAUUUCCCCAGUACCAUCUCUAUUUCCCCAAUAUCACCAGUGCCUGGCAUGGUGCCUCUCACAUAGUGGGCACUCAAUAAAUAUUUGUUGAAUGAAUGAUUAGUAAGUCAAUAAGAAGUGUUAUUAUCCUCAUUUUAUAGUGGAGAAAAUUGACAGAUAUGAAAAGAUACUUAAUAAUCACAACCCAGAGAUACAAAUGGCAUUUUGUUGAUCAAAAUUAACUAAAAAAUCAAAUAACAUGUUCAGGCACCGAUUACAUUAGGAGUUGCUUUAGCUGGUUAGUGAAAAGGGUCGUUUUUGCUCUGAAUUCACUCUAGUAUCCUUUCUCUAAUCAGGAUCAGAGAUCUACCAAUCCACAUCUGGUUCCUUCCCUAUAAAUCAAUGCUCUCAGAGUCACCAGACAGAUACAAAUCUUAGAGGAAUUUCAUUGCAAAGGCAAUGCAGGGAUAUAAGAGGGUGAGUAUUUGGUCAUCUCCCAAGAUACCUCACAGGGUGGCAUUCCCUCUGCCAAGGGUCUGGUCCACACCCCACUGGUUUAGAAACUGGAUCUGUCAACACACUGAGUGUGGAUCCACCUCAUUGUUCUCUUUUUAAUUAAGCUCAGAGCUGAUGCAUGAAACCAGAAUGUCUACUUAUCAAUUCACAAGAGGAUUAGAACCACUUCUGUGUCUGGAAUAUUUGUCUCCACAUGGCUGGCAGGUUCUUUCACUGAAGACAGACCUCUGAGGAAGGCAAAUUAUCAGCAGGUUGCUUCGUGAGCAUGGAAUCCAAAUGAGGGGAACAAGUUAGAUGAUUGAAAUUUAUAGGGGCAUUAAGCCGAGAAAGCCUGACACGGUCAUUUUUUACUGUAAGUAUGGCCAUACCUAUGGCACCAGAAUAUUUACAACCAUUAGCUGAGAGGCCAUCUCUAGUGGGCAUUUCUUAAAAGGGCUCUGCUGAUGUUUACCAUCAUGAUGCCCCUUUUUCUAUGCUUUCAUUGCCAACCAGUCCUGCUUUGAUGACCCUUUAAAUCUUUUUCUUUGCUUAAACUUUCAGACUUAUUCUUUUUCCUUAAGAUGACUUUAUAUCUGUUCUGAUCUGUUUUGUGUAGUUGUAGGGUUUAAUUCUCUACAAAUAAAGCAUAACUUUAUUUCUUUAACUUACACGUACUUGAGGGAGGCCUCACCUCACCAAAUUCCUCCAUAACCAAAUAAGUAUUUUCUGUUCUUAUAAUUUUACCUUACCUUACUUCAUUCAAAAUAUAUAUUUGGGGGAACUUCUUAUCAGACACUGUUUGUCCCAUCUUUGUACGAGGUCAAAUUACUUAUUUUCUCAUUUGUAGAUAAUUUUCAUCUUAAUUACUACUUAUUGAUUUAUUAAUUGGGUCACUGAUUAUUUCUUCCUUGUCACAUGAUUACACAAGAAUAGUGUAAAUAGCAAUAAAAGCAAUCCUGAGACAUAGUGCUUUUCUUUCCAUAAUGAUAAAUCUUUGCUAAAGUCACCUUUAAGUUACAUAGAAAAUACAUAAACACAUGGCCUUAUUCACAAAACAGGUGGCAGGCUGGACUUGGCCCACAGACCAUAGAUUGCUGGGCUCUGAUGUGUAUUAUCAUCUUGGCCCAGGAAGGCACAUGGGUUCACAAUGUUUAGUAUAGUGGAGGCAAACCUUAUAGAUGCAGGUUGCAAGCUUAGCAUAGUUGUGUAAGGUGCUGCUUGUAUGGAUUUUCAACUGCACAGGGGGAUCGGUGCCUCUAACCCCCGUGCUGUUUGAGAGUCAAUAGUGCUAGUACCCUUGGUAGACAUUUCCAAAUAACAAUUCUUUCUCCGGGUUCUGACAUGCUUUCUUAGGGGCUGGCAAUUCCAGAUGAGCCACAGUUAGUGAUUCAUUCAUUCACUAAAUAUUUAUUAAGCACCCACUAAGUGCUAGGUAUUGUACCACAGACUCAAUGAACAAAAGUGGACAGAGACACUCCCUUAAAGGAGCUUAUUGUGGAGGAUGGGGGGAAGAGAGAAGUCAAAUGUUGAUCAAAUAAUCGCAUAGGUAAAUGCAGAAUUGCAACCUGUGAUCAAUACUAUGAAGGACAGGUGUUCAGUGGUAUGUGUAACUUAACCUCUUCUGUGGGAAGAUGAGUUGAUAGGGGAAGACUUUUGCAAUUUGAAGGAAGAUGAGAAAAACUUUCAUGGCAGAAUUGCUAUAGACUGGAAACAAAAUCUGUAUGGCUUGAGCACACAGAUGAAAUGGGACUAGAAAGGUUAGAAGAACCUAAAUAUGGAAAGUUUUGUAGACAACAUUGAGUUUUUAUUAUUUCUUUGUUUUGUUUUGUUUUUGUUUUCAUUUUUUUUAAUGUCUAUUUAUUUUUGAG